AGGGCUCAGCAUCAUAUCCUGCCUCUGCUCACUGGGACUAGAUUCUGAGUCUAUUUCAGAUCAGAGUGUUUGGAAACCAUGAUGGAUUCCCUCAAGGUUCAUCUUGGAUCAGCUUUUUCUUAAAAGCAUAAAGGACUGCCCAUAAAAAACCUUUUGGGAUUUAUUUAGACGCUUUUUCUGGAUAAACCAUUUAUCCCCGAAUGAUGUUUUCGCCGCAUUACGGAGGUUUUCUGUCCCAGAAGUUUUUACAGACCAUCUCCUCUUGUUUCACUCCCUCCAGUGUUUACAUCCAAGUCGGGUUUAAAUGCGGGAGAAGCUGUAAGACGUUGAGUUAGGAGCGGCUGUAGCGCGCGUUUGGAGCAAAGAUGCGCAAUGCGCAGAGCAAACUGGGUCUCCACUACGAUUAGGCAGAACUCAGGACCUGGAAAUGUCUAAGCCGGAUGUGAAGAAGGAGUCCGGUGAGUCCAGCCCACUGGAGGCCGCCUGCCUCUGCUCUCCUCCGGCGGCCAAGAACCAGUGCGCCAGCUGUGGGAUGGAGAUCCAGGACCGCUACCUGCUGAAGGUGAACAACUUGAACUGGCAUUUAGGCUGCCUGGAGUGCUCCGUCUGUAGGGCGUCUCUGCGGCAACAAAACAGCUGCUACGUUAAAAACAAAGAAAUCUUCUGCAAACUGGAUUAUUUCAGUAGGUUCGGAACAAAAUGUGCCCAGUGUGGCAGGCAGGUAUAUGCCAGUGACUGGGUGCGGCGGGCCCGGGGCAGUGUGUAUCACCUGGCCUGCUUCGCCUGCUUCUCCUGCAAGAGGCAGCUGUCCACCGGGGAGGAGUUUGGCCUGGUGGAGGGCAGAGUGCUCUGCCGAAGCCACUACGACAUCAUGCUGGAAAAUCUCCGCAGGGCUGCAGAAAACGGCACCGGUCUGACUCUGGAAGGAGCGCUGCCUUCAGAUCAGGACUGCCAACCAAAACCAGCAAAGAGGGCACGGACCUCGUUCACGGCCGAGCAGCUGCAGGUCAUGCAGACUCAGUUUGCCCAAGACAACAACCCUGAUGCUCAGACGCUGCAGAAACUGGCAGAAAUGACGGGACUUAGCAGAAGAGUCAUUCAGGCAGGUUUGGUUUCAGAACUGCCGCGCCCGACACAAAAAGCAGCCCCCUCAGAGCAGCUUCCCUCAGAACGCUCCACUGGCCAGGAUGCCGCCGUCGCUUCCAGAAGAUCUCCACUAUUCCUCCUUCAGCAGCCCGGACCGACCUCACCUCCUGGCUCUGCACGGAUACCUGGAUGCUCACCCCUUUUCCGUCCUUGCUGGCCCUGGACACUUGACUCAUCCGUCCAUUUCUUUGCCGCAGCUUCCAAUCAGCCGCUGACCUGCAGAAUCCUCCUCUGUGUUUUCACCACUGAUGACAUGGAAAGCUAUUCCUGUCUGCAGCCCUUAGGCAGAGCAGGGACGUUCAUUUUCUGUUCGAUUAUUCCUUUUGAGCUGGACUGUGGUGACGCUUUCAAGCAAACAGAGGACAUUUUUUUUUCUUUAUUCUAAAUGAAGCACAGAAUACUUUUAUUUUAUUUUAUUUCCCCUCUCAGAGGACAGAAGCUCUCUCAUUCUUCCAGUUAGUGCUUGUGGCUUCAAAUGGCAGAGCCUGGUAGCAGUAUGCCCAAGAGGCUUUCCUUUUUCAUUAUGAGCCCAUUUGCAGCUUUAAUGUUGUUUGUUGUUGUACUGUUGUCAGGAGAAAAAAAUAUCUUAUUUAUUCAGAUAAAAACUUGUUUUCAAAGCACUUUUAAAUGUGUCAUUACAUGGAAAAAUUCUGUAUUUGUACAUUGUAAAUAAAUUGCAUCAAAUCUGUCA